AUGUUCUUUGCAGGUUUUGAAAUUAUGAGUCCAAAGAAAUGGUUAAAGAAGAUUAUUAAAUUGAAGAAACGGCAGGAAGAUAAAUUGAAACAAGCUAAGGUGCAAUCCACCCCUGAAAAAUCAAAUGAGUCCUCUGAGGAGGAACAAGAAGAAACUCAUGAAGAGUCAAAUAGCAUUCCUAGUGAAGGUUUGGUGGUAGUCGAAAGGGAAGUUCCCACCAGAUUGACAGAAGAUAUUGCUGCUACUCGGAUUCAAAAUGCAUUUCGUGCAUUUCUGGCAAGAAGAACAUUGCACCAUCCAAGGGAUAAUGCACUAAACUACACUAUAAACAUUGCACCAUCUAACGGAGCAGUGAAAUUGGAGGCUUUGAUUCAGGAUCACAUGGCUAGAGAACAGACAGGAACUGCACUAAGCUACAUACAUUCUUGGAGCAGAAUACAGGAGCAGAUUAAAACUCGCAGACUCUAUAUGAUAACAGAAGCCAGGAUCAAGCAAAAGAAAUUGGAAAACCAGUUAAAACUUGAGGCUAAGAUUCAUGAGCUCCAGGUGGAAUGGUGUGGAGGUUCUGACACAAUGGAAGACAUACUUUCCAGGAUACAUCAGCGAGAAGAAGCAGCAGUCAAACGAGAGCGAGCUCUGGCAUAUGCCUUCUCUCAUCAGUGGAGGCCCAAUUGCAGCCAGUGUUUGGGACAUGCUACCUACAGCCUAGGCAAAGAAAGCUGGGGUUGGAGCUGGAAGGAGAGAUGGGUAGCAGCCCGUCCAUGGGAAAUCCGGGUUCGUUUUCCUGACCCCAUGACUAAGAAAACCAAUGGCCAGCCACUGAUAAGCAGAGUAGACAAAAAAGAGCACAGUGAUAGCAAAGUGCCCUUGUCUACUUAUGAGUUGUCAAAUGGAAAGGAAACUCAGAAAGGGAAAGAAAACAACAUUCCAGAGGUGUCUAAGAACAAUGUAGCCAAAUAA